AUGCAAGGAACCUCCAAAGACAAUGGUGGCCGCCACCCUUUGUACAAGGGAGUGAGACAACGUAGGAACUCAGACAAAUGGGUUUCUGAGAUCCGUGAGCCAAGAAAACCUAACCGUAUCUGGUUAGGAACAUUCUCCACUCCCGAGAUGGCGGCAAUAGCCUAUGACGUGGCAGCUCUAGCCCUCAAAGGCACUCAAGCUGAGCUCAACUUCCCAAACUCGGUUUCCUCUUUGCCUGUCCCAGCCUCCAUGUCUCCAGGUGACAUCCAAGCAGCAGCCGCUUCAGCCGCCGCUGCUUUUGGUGCUGCUAGGGAUGCGAUUGUUAUGGCCAAUCAUAACAGCGAAACAAGCGGUGUGGCCAGCAUGAAUGCUAGUUAUGAGCAUACAAAUAUGAAUGAGUUCAUGGACGAUGAUUUGGUAUUCGACAUGCCUAAUGUGCUCAUGAAUAUGGCUGAAGGAAUGCUUCUUAGCCCGCCUCGUCCUCCUGCCUUUGAUACUACUUACUACGACGUUGAUGGUUUCACUGGAGGAGACGAUUACUUGUGGAACUUUCCUUGAUCAACUAAACAAUCUAAAGUCUGUAAUUAAAUCUGUGUGUACAUGCAACGAUAUAUAUGUG